GGAAGUUAUAAAUUAGAGCCGAAGUCCGGCUAAUGAAGGGCGGAAGUAGAGUGUCUAGUGUUGCAAUUAUGGCGCAGGAAGAGGAAGAUAUUCGGGAUUACAAUUUGACUGAAGAGCAGAAGGCGAUCAAGGCCAAAUAUCCCCCAGUCAUUCGGAAGUACGAGUAUUUGGAUCAUACAGCAGAUGUCCAGUUACAUGCGUGGGGAGAUACUCUGGAGGAAGCAUUUGAACAAUGUGCAAUGGCCAUGUUCGGUUACAUGACAGAUACUGGGACUGUGGAGCCCCUGCAGACAGUAGAAGUAGAAACCCAAGGAGAUGACUUAGAAUCCCUUCUAUUUCACUUUUUGGAUGAGUGGCUUUAUAAGUUCAGUGCUGAUGAAUUCUUCAUACCCCGGGAAGUGAAAGUACUUCACAUUGAUCAAAGAAAUUUCAAAUUACGGUCAAUUGGGUGGGGAGAAGAAUUUUCAUUGUCCAAGCACCCUCAGGGAACUGAAGUCAAGGCAAUAACCUACUCAGCAAUGCAGGUCUAUGAUGAAGAGAAGCCAGAAGUUUUUGUGAUCAUUGACAUUUAAGAUAUCAAAACACAAAGAAAACAAACCGAACCCCCUUCUACGAAGAACUGGGUUUUUUCCUCUUCCUUUUCAGAAGAUCCCAUGAUAUAAAUUCUACAGUAUCUGUUGCUAUAUGGAGAUUUGCAGAAAUUUUUAAAAAAGAUUUUAUUUAUUUGUCAGAGAGUGAGUGAGAACACAAGCGGGAGAUCAGCAGAGAUGGGCGAGAAGCAGGCUCUCCUAGGACCCCCAGAUCAUGACCUGAGCCAAAGGCAGACGCUUAACCGACUGAGUCACCCAGGCGCCCUACGAACGGAACUUUUAACUUAAAGUCAGAAAUGGGACAGCGAGGUGCAGCCUUGGUCCGUGUUACCCAGAUAUUCAGACUUGAAAGAAUUCUUCAGGUGGCAAGUGUGGCAUCUCGUCUCUUAGUUCCCCGCUGUAGGAGCAGGAACUCAGCCCAUUCCAGUGGAAUGCCAGGUCCCAAAAGGACUGGUAAUCUAAGCAGCGGCCCAGAGACUCUGAAUCUGCCAUACUCUCACCGAAUCCAGUCUGAGAAAAAUAAUAAUAAUUUGAAAAAUCCUUUGA